GCUUGUCCUUGCUCUCCUACUCUGAAGAAUCAGAUGCCUUCAUUUAGUCUCUGCAGUAACAUAAAGUCUUUUCUCUCCACCUGGAUCACAGCAAAGCAGCAAAACAGGAUGAUCUUGGGGUAUCACUUCCUGCAGGACCUGAUGCAGUUUUUCUGAUGAUUCAGCAAGAUACUAUGUGUUGCUAGAAUAGUUUUCUGGAGUGUUUGCUCGUUUCUUUUUGCUCAAUUUCACUAAUUUCCUGUGCUGACAGUUGCUAUGGCUUCGGCACAAGCUCACCUUCAGAGAUGUUUACAAAACCGCCGGUCUACUAUUAAUUAUUUCUCAAAGGGUGCAGACAACAACAAAACAUUCCCAUUUUCUCAGGAGCAAACGGUCAAAGCAUGGAGCUCGCUGGAGGAUCUGGACAGUCCUGGUAUCAAAGCAGAGUGUCCUCAAGCUGAGGACAGACCUCAGCUGCAGCAGAGCAUCAGGGUUAACGUUGGAGGGAAAGUUUUUCACAUCCCCACACAGUGUGUCAUCAAAUACCCUAAUACCCGCAUCGGCUCCUUGGCUCUAUGCAUAGACCGAGCAAAACUCCGCACACUGUGCGACGACUACUCCGUACGCAAGAACGAGUUCUUCUUCGAUCGAGACCCUGCCUUCUUCCACCACAUCUGCCAUUUCUACACAAGUGGAGUGCUGUGGGUCAUACAGGAAAUGUGCCCCAUCAACUUUGAGGAGGAAAUGACAUACUGGGGUCUGAGCCUGAAGGACACUCAGCGCUGCUGCUGGAUGAUGUUUGAGGAGAAGGUGGAUGAGGUGAAGGACAACCUAAAGGUGGACAAGGAGCUGAUGGCUGAGAUUGAGGUGAAGUACAACGAUGAGUCUUUCAAGGGCAUGAUGUUUGGGGAUGUGAGGAAGACUCUGUGGAACAUAGUAGAGGAUCCGUACUCUUCAACUCUGGCGAAGGCUUUCAACGUGCUCUCCAAUGUUUUUGUGCUCUUCUCUAUCAUGGCAAUGGCUCUCAACACUGUGGAGGAAAUUCAAAAGUAUAAAAUUAAUGGCAAAACACACAUGGAAUGGGUGGAGAUCAUCACCAUUGUCUUCUUUACCUUUGAAUAUUUAACUCGCCUCGUAAGCACUCCAGACAUCAAAAUGUUUUUGAAGAGUGGACUUAACAUUGUGGACAUGGUGGCAGUGAUGCCUUAUUUCUUCCAGAUCAUCUUCGCAGCCUUCACUAGCUACGAGGAUGCAGGCGCACAGAAAGAGGUCAGGGCAAUGGCUCGAGUCAGCAGACUCAGCCAUGUCUUCAAAGUGGUCAAGCUGCUGAGGGUCUUUCGGAUCUUAAAGUUGGCUCGACACUCAACGGGCAUGAGAGCGUUUGGGUUCACUCUGCGGCAGUGUUACCAGCAGGCCUCUUGCAUUUUACUUUUUAUCGCCAUGGGAAUCUUCACUUUCUCUGCUCUUCUGCAUUCAGCCGAGAGGGAGACUGAGGGAUCUCCCAUCAGCAGUAUCCCAUAUGCCUGGUGGUGGGCUGCAGUCAGCAUCUCGACUGUGGGCUACGGGGACGUGGUUCCUGUCACCGUCCUGGGCCGUAUCGUGGCCUUUGGCUGCAUCUCCUUUGGUAUCAUUCUGAAUGGCAUGCCUAUCUCCUUCCUCUUCAACAAGUUCUCUGAUUACUAUGCCAAGCUAAAGUCCCAGGAGUACAACACUACCUUAGUGAAGCGACACUUUCAUCUUAAGAAGCGCCUCCGACACAGAAUGGACACGUGUUUCCAUCACUCUGUGGAGGACAACAUUAUUUAGACAGCUGCUGCGAGUGUCCACAUAAAGUGACUUUUAAAUUGGUGUGAUAAAGUGUGUAAGUUAUUUGUCUUAAGUGUGUUGCUUGGUAAACUUUAUGCAUGACCUGUUCCUCAAGAGGAACUUGAGGUACACUGAGGUUACACUGAUGCAGUGUUUGUUGAAAUUGGCGUAUGAACGAGACGCAGACACUAAGUAAUCAUUAGCAACUUAGUGCAGGACACAUUCAGCUCACAACUUCUCGUUUUCAGUCAGCGCUGACUGACACUUUUGGGUCAAAUCAGCUGUAAUUCAUCUCAGUGAAUUCUGUGAGUAACAGAAUAAAACGUGGCUGUAAGUUUGUGUGCUGUCUGCAUGGUGCUGUGUAAGAAUCUCCACUCUGUAACAUCAGUGUCCAACAAGUGAAGUGUGUGUUUCUUGUUAGUUUCAGCAAGAGAGAAUUCUCUUUUCCAAGAUCAUGUAGGUCACUGAAUGAUGAAUGUACAUUUUUGCUGUUGUUUACCUCUGCCAAGGGGGAAAUGUUCUCAUCCAUGAUCGUUUGCCUGUUAAAUGUUAAUGGUCUUUAGUUAAUAUACACUUUUUUUAGUCUUGAUGACCAGUUAAAGCACUUUACAGAGCAGUUUUUAACCCACAUAUUCAUGAAGUACUUUUUCUAUCAUACAUCACUCAUUUAUCUCUGGCACAGCAGUCAGAGACAACGUGGGGUUCAGUAUCUUACAACAACAACUGUCAGCACACUGGAAUCAAACUACUUCUGGUUUGUGGACAUCUGUGGCUUUACUUCCUGAGGCAUAGCCGCCCCUACUGUAUAUCUGUUGGUAGAAGGAUGGGACAUGUGCCAGUGAAGAACCCAUUAAAUGUUGCUGUCGGUUUAAAUCAGGGGGUGGAUCCAGAAUUGUUUCUCACUUUCUUAAAGUUGUGAGACGAAGAGUUUUUCAACGUUUUCCUUGAUUUCUCAGAGAAUAACUCAUGAAUCUCGAUGAAAACAAUCUGAUCGUGCAAUGAUGUUUAUGAGUGUGUUUAAUGUGGUGCAGAUCCAAAUAAAUUUCUUGAUAUAGUGA